AUGUUGCAGUUUCAUCCUCAAGGAGCUUCUAAACAUACUUGUACUGUUCUUGCUGUUACUUCUGAUACACAUUCUGUUGAGCAGAAGCAGAAGCAUCCACUGAAUCAUAGAAAAUAUCCUUUCCCAGAGUUGGUUUCUUCGGGGCGUCUAGAGGUGCAAACUCUCUGCAAUCCGGAAAAGGAACAAUUUCGUAAAGUUCUUGAAACGUAUCAGCCGAGUUUUGUUUACUUACAAGGAGAGAAGUUAGUGAACGAGGAAGUUGGUCCAUUGGUUUGGCAAGGUGUGGAAUUAUCCACUCCUGAAGAUGUAUCAGAGCUCUUUGGUACCACAUUGCCGACGGUUGUAUAUUUAGAAAUCCCAAAUGGAGAAAGUUUUGCUGAGGCCCUUCAUCUUAAAGGGAUCCCAUAUGUUGUAUUUUGGAAGAAUGCAUUUUCUCUAUAUGUUGCUUGCCAUUUUCGUCAAGCAUUUUUUUCAGUGGUGCAGAGUUCAUGUACACAUACAUGGGAUGCUUUCCACCUUGCACAUGCUUCUUUCAAACUUUACUGUGUUCAAAAUAACCAUGUACUUCCUACUGAUAGCAAUGAUGCUGAUAGCGAUAUGGGGCCACACCUUCUUGGUGACUGUCUCAAAAUCGAUGUUGACCCUCCAGAGAUGGGUGAAGAAGAAGAAGACGAUGAUGAUGAAGAAAGUUCCUCCGGAAGUCUUCCUUCUAUACAGAUUCAUGAUGAUGAAAUGAACUUGAGAUUUCUCAUCUGUGGUGCACCUUCCACUGCUGAUGAUUCAUUGCUAAGAUGUUUGGAGGAUGGACUCAGAACUCUAUUAACUAUUAAAAUACGCGGUUGCAAGCUCCAUGGCAAGUAUAGUGCCCCUCCACCACCCUUCAACAACAACCAUGACCAUCUCAGGCCAUUCGAUCAUGGUUUGUUUCUUUUUGUCUCAUACUUUGAUUGCUUUUAUUGUUGUUUUUGUGAAUCGCGGAAAAAGAAAGAGAUGGGAACUGUGUUCCACGAGAGAGAAAGAAAGGAUGAGGAGCGGAUCUAG